AUGGUCAAAGAUGCAGUCGCGUAUGCCCGACAGUGUCAUGCAUAUCAAGUACAUGCUAAUUAUAUGCAUCAACCCCCAGAGCAUUUGCACCCUUCGGCCACAUCAUGGCCAUUUGAGACAUGGGGAAUGGACGUCGUGGGUCUCAUUUUCCCUCCAUUAGCUAAAGCUGAUCGCUUUAUUCUAGCAAUCACUGAUUAUUUCUCCAAGUGGGCUAAAGCAAUUCAACUCAAAGAAGUAAAGAUGAGUGAUGUUGUCAAAUUUAUCAAACAUCAUAUUAUAUACCGAUACGGUGUUCUAAGGCGAAUCGUGCAUGAUAACGAACCUCAGUUUGUCAGCAACACCUUUAUUAAAUUCUAUGAAAAGUUCAAAAUUCAAGACGUCUCAUCGAUAACCUACAAUCUCACCAUAAAUGGUCUAACCGAGGCCUUCAACAAGACUAUCAUCAAGAUCCUCUUGAAGCUCGUAAGAACAAACAAGCGAGAUUAG